GACAGUAUGUUAUUUUUGAAUUAACUGAUUUUAAAACUGGAGAUUUCCGAAAUCAACUGAAAGGAAGAGAAAUUGAUGAUUCAUAAAGAUAAUGACCACAAAAUGGAAGGCUUUCGAUUUCGGCCCUGCAAAAAAAGAACCAAGCCUGUCCAAGGAGUCUUCCAAAGCCGAAGGAAUUGAACAAGAUAUCCCAGUACAAAUUAAAAGAGCUUGUGAGAAUCCCGGAUCAAAAAAAUGUUUCAAUUUUCACAGUCGACUAGAGCCACAGAACAUCAGUGAUCUUGCUGUUCACUCAAAAAAAAUACAAGAAGUACAAAACUGGUUCAAUCAGUAUGUGGUCAGUUCUCAGCAAGAGGAUCUCUCACCAUUUCUGCUAUUGUCAGGGCCUACUGGUUGUGGAAAAACAGCUACUAUCAAAGUGAUCUGUAGAAGCUUAGAUGUUUCAAUUUCAGAGUACAUAAACCCAGUAGACCAGGACUAUGAGUAUAAAGGAAUGAACCAAAUAAGUCAGUUCAUUGAAUACCUCAUUGAGUCCAAGUGGACUUCAUUGUUUGAUAGUUCUGACAAUAGAGUUACAUUGGUUGAGGAUUUUCCAAAUGCAUUGAUACAUCAACCAAAUCAGUUCCCGGAUAUUUUAGAAACUUGUCAAUACAAAACAAGACAUCCUGUGAUAUUUAUAAUAACAGAUCCAAGUGGCAGUAAUAUCAGUCUCCUGAGAACAUUGUUCACUGAUGAAAUUAUCAGUAAAUUCAACAUCUCACACAUAAGUUUUAAUAAUUGUGCACCUUCAUUGAUGAAAUCAGCUAUUAAAAGGGCUCAAGAUUUGGUCAGAGCUAAUCCAGAAUCUCAUAAGCAACCAUCAACUGAAAUUAUUGAAGCUAUUUUAGCAUCAGCAAUGGGGGAUAUUAGGAAUGCAAUAAACCAAUUUCAUAUAGCUAGUCUAAAAGAUUGUGAACAGAUUCCAGUGGUUGCAACAAAAAUGCAAAUUGGGACCAAAAGAAAAAGAAAUGCUGUUCAAUCUAAAACUUCGAUGUCAAGGGAUGAAAAUCUGGGAUUAUUCCAUGGCUUGGGGAGAGUUUUGAACCCCAAGAGAAAGGAUGUCCCAGAGGGUUGGAGACUCAACUAUGAUAUGGAAAAAUUGAUAGAUGAGUUUUCCACACAGCCACAACAAUUUCACUCAUUUCUGUUUGAAAAUUACUUGAGGUAUUUUGGGGAACUUCGAGACGCAUGGAGAGCCGCAGAAGUUCUCAGCAUGUCUGCGAAGUUUUUGGAAAACUGGACGGAUCGUCAUGAGACUUUGUUAUUUGCUUUAUGGAUAUCUGUGUUGGGCUUGAUGAUAUUCAAUGAGCACAAAGUCUCUAGAUGGACUCAGAUCAGGGCUCCUACCAGAAUCACCAAACGGUCCGAUGGCCGCCAUAAGAAAAAAACUGGUGAUCGUCGGCGACGGGGCAUGUGGCAAAACUUGCCUGCUCAUCGUCUUCAGCAAGGACCAGUUCCCCGAAGUGUACGUGCCCACGGUAUUCGAGAACUAUGUGGCCGACAUCGAGGUGGAUGGCAAGCAAGUGGAGCUCGCCCUGUGGGAUACGGCGGGCCAGGAGGACUACGACCGCCUGCGGCCCCUUUCGUACCCCGACACUGACGUCAUCCUCAUGUGCUUCUCGGUGGACUCGCCCGAUUCCUUGGAAAACAUCCCAGAGAAGUGGACGCCUGAAGUGAAACACUUCUGUCCCAAUGUGCCUAUUAUCCUGGUGGGCAACAAAAAGGACCUCAGGAACGAUCCGGCUACCAUAAACGAACUGAAAAAGAUGAAGCAGGAGCCUGUUAAGCCUCAAGAUGGCAGGUCCAUGGCCGAAAAGAUCAAUGCCUUUGCUUAUCUGGAGUGCUCUGCCAAGAGCAAGGAGGGUGUGAGAGAGGUGUUUGAGAAUGCAACUCGUGCUGCUCUGCAGGUCAAAAAGAAGAAGAAGCAUCGUUGUGUAAUGUUCUGAGCUCCCCUACAUAAAUUUUAUAUUCUUAAUCGUUAUGUGUGUUUAAUGAGUUCAAGGGGGCUUCUGCAUUAUGUAUCAACUAACAAAUAAACCCCUCAUUUAUCUAUUUGGUUCUGUUUUGUUUGAAAACCUUCUCCUGCCUGUGGACUAGAUUAUCAUUGCUUUGGUUAUUUUGUGUUCCUGUUUGGUUUUAUCUUGCAGGCAGCCUCAACUCCAGUUUUUGUGAUAGUUCUUUCAGUUUUGAUGAUAUGUAGUAGUGGAAUUUGUAUGUGGAAGCUCUACUUUUUGAAACUUCUUUGACAUCUCUGCAUUUUACCAAUUUCAGGUUGUUUCUAUCCCUAUUUUCAAUAUUCAACACAAUAUUUACUAACCCAGAAAGUAGAGUAAGUAGUCCUAUUUUUCUGAAUAUGUGCUUGUUGUUUUUAUUGGUUUAUUGGUUUUGUAUAUUUUUGUCAGACAAAAGAAUUGAUUUCUUAACCCUGCAUGUUUGAUAUUUCCUUCCUGAAUUCAUGUAUGAUCAUUAGCUGUUCUUGAAGCAUGAUUUGUUGAGGAUAUUUUGCAUUAUUCAAAAAUCAUAAUUUGAACAAUUGGCAAAUAAUACCAAAGUAUUCAGAUGUUCAGUGAUCAUGAAAUAUUUUCCAUAACUACACAAAAACUCAACACAUUGAAUAAUGGGACUACUUUGAAAGUCUUGUUUACUUCCAUAUUAUUGUUUCUACUAAAGUUCACUUUUAUUCUUCAAUUGUCCUCAAUUAUUUCAGAUUCUGUUGAAGAUCAUAAAAUCCAGUAUUUUUAAAAAUUGCCUGAUUCCAUAAAAAAUUAUAUCCAAUUGGAAAGAUGUUGCUGUACUCUUCAGAAAAAAUAAAAUCUGAAAAAUACAGUGAAGACCAAUAAAUAUUUGUGUUGACAUCUUUGUGAAAAGUGUGAACAUUCACUUCUGACCAAUUAUGUAACUUAAACAGAGAACUUAGUUCAAAACUCAGAUUCUUUAAUUAUAUAGAAAUUUAACUCUUAUGACUUGUUAUCGAAUCAUAUAAGUGCCAUGAAAAUUUUGAGCUGUAGUUUUUCUGCUAGAUACAAAUUAGACAGGAAUUUUUUUGAGUUGCAAGCAGAGGCAAAAUUUAUCAAAUACAAAAUGAAUGUCCUGUACACAAAAUUUGUUGAACGUCCACUUAGUUCAUUAUCAUAGUAAUAUUCAUAUGUAGUAUUUACAUUUAUAGUUUAAUGGAGAUGUAUUUUCAGAUAUUUUCCAACUAAUGGUGCAUUAUUAAUGUCUGGACUUUACUCUCUUUGGGUAUAGUCUGGACAGAUUUUUAAAUUUUAAGAAUUAUAUUGUUUGAUUUAGUGAAUACUUUUCAGAAAGGAAUAAUUUUAUUUUCAGGCAACUGUUAUAGUAUUAUAGUUCGCUGGUUGCCUUUUGAUUGUAAUAGCUUUAAAUUUUUUCCAUAUGAUGUAUUCUGAAGUAAAUAAAAUUGUUUUCCUAUAAUCUGUGCAGUGAGUUUUGAAACAGGAAUGUCAACAUCAAGGUGUGAAAUCAUUACAUGGGUACAGAAUCCAAAUGAAUCAUCACUUGACUUAAUAUCAACUGGGAGGGGGAAAGGCAUUGAGAAGUUGAAAUAUUUGAGUUGAUGACUGCAUAGCACUGCAUACCUACUGGCCAAUUCAUCUCGGAUGAAUGGCAAGUUUCAAGGUCAAGGAAGAAAGAACUGAACAUUGAUUUUACUAUGCUGGAGCUCCAUACUUUUAUCACAGUACAGUGUCAUUCAUAAAGUUGGCAUCAUA